AUGACCAAGAAAAGCUCUUCCGCCUCCACAAACACAGCUUCAUCAAGCACUGUUGCUUCGGCAAAGGGUUCAUCCUUUGUUUUGUUGAACGAUUCUGCUUUGGACACUUUAGGAUUAAACAAAGUCAACAAGACUGAACAAUUUACUACCGUGUUCAAGAUGGUCGAUGAAACAUCAGACAAGAACGAUAGAGAUACUCUAUUUGUUUACUUGUUCACACUUGUGUCUGAAGAAAAGAAUGAAGCAAAACAAACUCAAAAUUAUGAGUCCGUGAUUUCCAAGAUUCAAUCACUCAAAGAUUUUACUCUUCAGGACGUAUUCAAACAACUAGUCUCUGCCUUCAACAUUAUUACUAAUGGAAAUUUAAAGGCUAAAUUAUUUAUUCACAUCAUUCAACAAAUGCAACAACAUGAAGAUUUGUCUACAAGUCUUAACAUUUUGCCAAUAGCAGAAAAUAUUGAUUCUGCUUUGAAUGAAUGGGGUAUUUCUGCCAAAAAAGACAAACAAACCAUUUAUCUUGAACUGGCCAACCUCUGUAUCAAACUUUCCAAAAUUAAUGAGGCUUUUGAUCUUCUUAUUAAAAAUUUGAAGUCAAACAACGAGGCUAAUGAAAAGCAACAAUUAAUUAAUCUCUACAUUAAGUAUCCAUUAGAAAAAUCUGCAGAAGAAUUGAAAGAGUUUGAACCAGAACUCUUUGAUGGCGUUCUGACCUAUCUCGAGAGCGAAAGUGAGCAAGUGCCAGAAGUUUUGAAUCAAAAACUAUCACAAUACGAAAAGAACGAAUCUGUUAUUGCUUCUUUCUUAUCUGAGCUAAAGAUUUUGAGAUUCCUUGUUGCUUGCUCAACCAAGCUUCUUACAACCAAGAAAGAUAUUGAAUUGAAAUAUUCUGAUAUUGAGAAAUUAGCACCAAAUGCAGAGGUUGAGCCUUUCAUUUGUGAAUUGAUGGGAAGAAAUUUAAUUGAAUGCAAGAUGAAUCAACUUGACCAAAGCGUUUAUGUUCAAUCAGUGAAAUGCCGAGGAGCUGUCCAUAAGUGUGAUUGGAAGAAUUUAGAGAGUCUUGUCAAUGUUUGGACAUCUAAAUUGUCAUCUGUGUUAACCUCAUUGAACUCUCCUGUCAACCCUCAUCAAUUUAAGAGUGAAGCCACGAGACAGCAAUAA